AUGGGUUCCCUGCGCAUUGACCAGGGGUUUCUCCCUACUAGAUGCUGUAUAUUCUCCGGCGAAAUAUCACAACGUCAAGCAUCGCCAUCGAACACGGAAUCGAUGGAUGGUAGAGUAGGUAUAUCAAGACGUCGUGGCCUUCGGCAGGCGGCGUCGAAGACGGAAUAUGACUACAUUAUCUGCGGCGGUGGGACGGCUGGGUUAGCGGUUGCGAAUAGACUCACCGAGAACUCCAACAUCACGGUCCUCGUUGUUGAAGCCGGGAUCAACGGCACUACUGAUGGUUGGGACUACAAGAGCACUCCACAGGAAUACUCCAACGGAAGGGUCUUGGACCUCCCUGCUGGCAAGACUGUUGGAGGGAGCAGUCAGAUCAACGGCAAAGUCUAUUCCCGCCCAGAUUCCAGCUCGAUCGACGACUGGGGCCGUGUAAACGAUGCCGACUGGUCUUGGAACACCUUACUUCCUUUCUACAAAGCAUCUGAGUCUUUUUCCAUCCCUAGCGAUGAUCAACAAGCUGGUGGAAACACGUACAACGUCGAGUAUCAUGGCUUUUCUGGACCUCUUAAUGUCUCCUUUCCUGCUGUGGCGAAUCCCGAGCUAACAAGACAGAACGACUUCAACGGCGGCGAUGCCCGUGGCCUCUCUACCUACCCAGCUCAGUUCGUAAUCGAAGGAGAACGAGAACAGAUUCGCGAGUCGAGCCGCGAGGCAUACUACCUCCCCGCCGCCAGCCGUUCAAACCUCGAACUCCUCGACGAGACAUCCUGCCUCCGCAUAACCUGGGUCGACAAUACCACCUCCUCCAACAACACCAUCACGGCCACCGGCGUCGAAAUCGCCAACACCAACAGCCUCACCACAAUCCACGCCACCAAAGAAAUCAUCCUCUCCGCAGGCGCCUACCGGUCCCCAGGAAUCCUCGAAUUCUCCGGCGUCGGCAGCGCCGCCCUCCUGGCAAACUACAGCAUCGAUUCCAUCAACGAUCUCCCCGGCGUCGGCGAGAACCUCCAGGACCAAAUGCAAGGCAGCAUCGCCUUUCAGAAAUCCAACGAAUCGAACAUCACGUUCCCGGCUACGGUUGGGGAUGACAUCACCACGAACUACCUCAUGCACCUCACGUACGAAGAUGUCUUUGGGGAUGAUGCGGGCGAUGUGCAGGGGAGGGUGAAUGCUUCGCUGGCGGAGUACGCGAGCACUAUCGAAGGUGCGAUUAACGGGUCUCUGUCGGCGGAGCAGAUUUUGAGGAGUUUGGAGGUGCAGUAUAAUUCGAUCUUUGUGACGGGGGUCCCUGUUGUGGAGUUGUUCACGGGACAGGCGUUGGGGAAUGAUGCUAUCAACCUAGAGUUUUGGCCCUUGAUUCCUCUGGGAAGGGGGAAUGUGCAUAUUUCUGGCGGCAACCCCCAAGCAGCCUCCCACGCCCCAACCAUUAACAACAACUGGGGCCUCCUCGACAUCGACUGGGAACUCUACACGGCCGCCGGCCGCUACGUCCGACGCUUUUUCGCCACCUCACCUCUCUCCACCUCAGUCCUGCAAGAAACCUCGCCAGGCCUCGACAAUCUCCCCGCGGACGCCAGCGACGAGCAAUGGCGUGAUUACUGGGCUGAUAACUUCCGCGCCGGAUGGCAUCCUGUGGGUAGUUGCGCCAUGUUGCCCAGGGAAUGGGGUGGCGUUGUUGAUGGGGAUUUGAGGGUCCAUGGGACGGGGAAUGUGAGGGUUGUGGAUGCAAGUGUGAUUCCCUUCCAGUUGGGAGGACAUCCGACUAGCACGGUUUAUGCUUUGGCGGAGAGGGCGGCGGUGUUGAUUUUGAAGGGGGUGAGGGGGUGA